GUUGUUCCCAGUGCACAAAGCGGAACUCCAAGCGCGGCGAGCGAGGGAAGGGGGGAAAAAAGGAAAAAGAAAAAGAAAAAGAAGAAACCAAACCGCCGCCCCCUCGCCCUCUCGAACCUUCUCGCCUGCCCGGCUGCCCCCAUCCCUACGCGCCCUAACACUCUCUUUCUCUUCCCCGCCGCCGCCGGGACCGAUCUCCGCUGCCCCGCCGACCAUGGACGACACCUGUGCGGUGUGCGCGGAAACGCUGGAGUGGGUGGCCUACGGGCCGUGCGGGCACCGGGAUGUGUGCUCCACCUGCGUCGUCCGCCUCCGCUUCGUUAUGGACGACAAGAAGUGCUGCAUCUGCAAGACCGUCUGCCCCUCCGUCUUCGUCACCAAGGCCUUGGGUGAAUACACGAGAGUGGUCAAUGAUUUCUCUCUGUUUCCCGCUGGAGUAAAUGAGGGCAAGACAGGGGAUUUCUGGUACCAUGAGGAUACGCAGGCAUACUUUGAUGACGUGGACCACUACAAGAUGAUACGGGCAAUGUGUCGGCUUUCUUGUAGUGUUUGUGACAAUGCAGAGGAUCAGGUUGCUCUUGCUGCUCAAGCAAAGCGCAAAAGUAAGUUCAGGAGCAUCGAUCAACUAAAGGGACAUUUGUUCCAUGUGCACAGGUUGCACAUGUGCAAUCUUUGCUUGGAGGGGCGGAAGGUGUUCAUUUGUGAGCAGAAGCUUUAUUUAAGGUCUCAGUUAACUCAGCAUAUGAAAACUGGUGACUCUGAAGUGGAUGGCUCUGAGGUAGAGCGUAGUGGGUUUGCUGGGCAUCCGGUGUGCCAGUUCUGCAAAACUUCAUUUUAUGGAGAUAAUGAGCUUUACACACACAUGUCCAGAGAACACUAUUCUUGCCACAUAUGCCAACGGCAGCAUCCUGCGCAGUAUGACUAUUUUCGGAACUAUGAUGACCUUGAGCUGCAUUUUUGGAAAGAUCAUUUCCUCUGUGAAGAUGAAGCAUGUUUGGCAAAGAAGUUUGUUGUCUUCCCGAGUGAAGCGGAGCUCAAGAGACAUAAUGCAAUGGAGCACGGUGGGCGGAUGUCUCGUGCUCAGAGGAAUGCUGCACUUCAGAUACCUACCAGUUUUAUAUAUCGCAGAAAUGAGCAAGACCAACGGCGUGGCAGAGGUAGGGGGCGUAAUGCUCACCAUGAUGGAACUGAGAGUCAUAUCUCAUCAUCUGCGCAGAAUGGCCGUGCAACUGCCGAUGAUGGUCAUGUGGGCCGUGUUGAUAAUGUUUCAGGGUUUUUACAGUCAUUAAGUGUUGGUUCUAGUUCUGCGGGAGCAGAAGUUAGUUCAAGGACUGGACGAGCACUCGAACAGUUGUCCUUUCCACCUCUUUCAGACCCAGAUAUUCCUGACACUAGAGUUGACUCUGUUCCUGAUGAAACCUCAUUUCCUUCGUUAUCAGAGCAGCAAUCCAGAUAUGCCCUGGCCCUCAAUCAGAGUGCAAGGGGCACUGCAAGGCUUGGGGAUGAGUCAUUAUUUCCUCCUUUGCCUGGGUCUAGUAACAACAGGGCUCCUGCUUCAGCACAACAGGGGCUACAGAGUCUAGCCAGGAGCACACUUGCAGCAAGGCUUCAACAACGUAGCAAGGGCCCUGUGAAGGUACUUAAUACUGCUCGGCCUCGUCCCUCUGAGAAUCCUGAAUUGCUCCCUAGUUCCACCCAGACAUGGCCUACACCUGAUCAGGGGCUACUCCUGUCUGGAUCUUCUCAGCUUCGAAUUGGAACUCAAACAAGAGAAAAUGGGUUCAUGCCAGCUGUCUUCAGUAAUUCGGCGUGGAAUCCUGUUGCUCCAAACAAGAUGAAGCACUCUGUUUCUACUCCUAAUCUUGUGUCUGGUGGCUCCUCUGGCCAAGCGUCAUCAAGUACAGCUUAUGGUAGCAAUAGAAGUCAAGAACCGCCUCAAGGUAGCCAAGCUUUGCCUGUUGCAGAGGAUGUCCGUGCUGCAAACAAAUCUCUGGUUGAAAGAAUGCGUUCUGCUCUGGGAAUGGAUGAAGACAGGUACUCUGCAUUCAAAGAGAUUGCUGGUGAAUACCGUCAAGGUAUCAUAGAUACUUCAGAGUAUCUUUCAUAUGUCGAACAGUUUGGACUCUCGCACCUUGUUCCUGAAAUGGCUAGGCUAUUACCUGAUCCUCAAAAGCAGAGGGAACUCGCUGAUGCAUAUUAUACAAACAUACGAUUUAAAAGCCUUCAAGAAAAUGGCGGAGGUGGAACUACCUCACACGAGGCCAGUCGUAAAAAGAAGGGGAAGGGAAAAGCUCCUGUUACAGAAAGCAGUGCUGCUAAGGAUGUGAAAGAUGCACUAGCAGAUAACUUUCUGGACACUGUAAGAAGGCUUCAAUCAAACCACCAGGCUCAGGAAGGAGAGGCUGAGGUGCUGUCAAAGGAUGGGUAUCGACCUUCUAAGGGGGUCCAACUAUCAGCUGGAUCCUCAUCUAGUCUAGACAGUGACACUGGUUUCAAUUCAAAAGCUUCUGGUGCCAAAGAUAAUGCUGGCAAGGGAGGAGGCAACUGUAGCAGUAAGCAACCAAAGAAGACAUCAAAGUUCCUGAGAGCUCGUUUAGGUGACAACUCAUUAGCCACACUUGAUUUAAGUCGUCCUAGCGCGAGUCCUGAACGACCUGAAAGGGAAUCACAAGGCCCACAGAUGGGGUUGCCUGUUCGAGGUGCUUGGAAGAAUGGUGGGGGGCAGAAACUCUUUUCUAGCAAUGGAAGGAAGUAGAAAUCAUUUUACUGCUGCAGUGACGUGUCCAUAUACAUGGCCAACAAUAGAGGGAAGCCCCAUUGCCAAAUGUGAGCAUUUUGGGAUGGGUUGUUUGCUGGUUUGGUAAGCCUUCGUGGGAGAAUACCACUUUGGUUUAAGGUUUGUGUUCUUCUAUGUUUGUCAGGUGAAACUCAAGGGUGGAACGUGAAAAUGUAAUGCCUUAAUAUCAUUUUAACCUUUAAUAGAAUCCAUCGGUUGGCUUAUUACAUGAACUCUGCUGAAGAUUCUGGCUU